AUGAAAGUCGAUUCGCAUAGUAACGAGCGUGGCGCACUUGGACGUCUGCGGGUCCCACAUCGCCGGCAGCAGAUACUUCCGCCCGUUCACGCCGUGCGCGUUGUAGCUGGCGCCGCUCGCCUCGUCCGUCAGCACGUUACCCGCGUAUCCCGGGUAUGCGCCCGACCCGAACACCCCCGUGCACGCCGUCACCGCCUCCAGCGGCGCCGCCGCCGACCCCUGGAAGUACCCGCUGUUGAAGGGGUUCGUCACCGCCCCGGCCAGCACUGUCGCCAGGUUGAUCACCAUCCCGUCCACUCCAACGUCGCCGCUCGGCGCCACCAGCGGCGGAGACUGAGGCCCGUACAUCGGCUGGUGGAACGGCCACGCGCAGAAACCCGGGCACUGGCUCGCCGCGUUCCCGACCCACGCGUACGCGAAUCGGGCCGGCGACCGGUUCGACCCGUGCCCGCCGCACCGGUUCAUGCAGAACCCGGCGACGGCAACGUCCUCCGCCGUCAGGACGACGUUGACCGCCCCGCCGGCGUGCCCGCCCCUGGCCGCCAGGUACACGAUGUGCGAGUUCUUGAGGGACUUCCCGAGGGAGUACUUCUCGUCGAGGAUCUGUUUCCCGACGACGACCCUUGGCGCGCCGGCGGCGCCCUUGUACUUCUCCGUCGUCUUCCACCACGAGGCAACGGAGGGGGCCGGAGGUGCGGCGGAGUUGAGCGACCGGAGGAAAUCAACGAUUAUGGAGCGCUGGACCGGGGUGAAUUUCCCGUACCAGACGAGGUUGAGGGUGACAGUGCCCUUGAGGAGGGCGCCGUUGUGGUACUUGAGGACCAGCGGCUGCUCCUUCACGAGGGCCGCCAUGGUCGAGGACAGAGAAAGGAGGAGGAAGAAGGAGACGAAGAGUGUGGAAGAACACAUUUUGAAUUAGAGUGGCAAAAUACUAAGGGAAAUGUCAACGUCGGAGCUAGUGGACGCGUGGUAAGAUGUGAUUGGCUGCUUUGGGAUGUGUGGCCAGGCUGGAAGGUGACGCGGUUACAAAUCAAUGUGAUUGGCGGCUUGGGAUGUGUGGCCAGGCUGGAAGGUGACGCGGUCGUUCCCGUGAUGACGUGGAAUUUUGCAAUUUGCCAGAUCCAAGUGGAGAAAGUUGCACAAAAAAUUUCUUUAAAUACUAUUGGCUAG